UACGAUACAUUUUAAACAGUAUAGUUUAUAAUACUAUUUACUUUUAUUUAAAAGUUUAAUAAUGGUAAAUAAAAAAUAUAACCAACACAACGGCCAGUCACUCGGAGUCACGUGGUGACGAUAAAUUGUUUAGUUAGUGAGCAAAAUGCUUUUCCGUUUAGAAUCUCGACUUGUAUAGAGACUUGGUGGUGAACCAGGUGCAUGUCUCGCAAAAGGCAGUAGUUCGUCGUCAUAAUAACAAUAUCAUCCACCCCGCCGUUCGUGUGUAAAAUAAACGUUUUGGUUUUUGUGCUUUCUUUUUUCCAUUUCCCCGGAAGCUCGUCGACCAAUAGCGCGGUCGGCUAGCAUGGACAUGCCGGCGGUCGCGGCCAUCGCCGACAAUGGCGUCCGACAGCCGGCGGCAGCCCGCAGUGGCGGCAGCAGCAGCGCCCGGAGCAGUCGCCGGUCCUCAGCGCACCAUCAUCACCACUCCGGGUACGACCCGCCGUCGGCCACCAGCAGCGGCAGCGGCCAUUCGCCGUCACCCCGGUGCCGACAGCGGCGAAACGGCGCCACGGACGACAUCCGCACCGCCACCGUCACAACCAGUACCAUCACCACCGCCAACAACACCACCGCCGCCGACAGCAGCAGCAACAACAUCAACCAUCACCGCCACCACCACCACCACCACCACCACCAUCAACAGCAACAACAACAACAACAACAACAACAUCAGCAACAACAUCGCUCCUCCCCUGCCAACGGCCCCGUCCUAACCACGACCGCGGUCCCCGAACUGCGUACCGCGCUGCUCAACAACAAACAUUUUCCCGAAUACAAACACUGACGUAAAUCAAAUGCCGCCGCCGCCGCCGCCGCCGGAGGACCGUCGUUCGGCGGUCAUCUCUUGUCCGGUAACCACGACUCGUCACCCUUUUAGAGGUCGCGACGUCGAGUGGCAGAGCAGGACGGGGUGAUAGGUCCGACGGCAGCAGCGGCGAUCGUAACGCGAUUAUCGUCCCGUAUAAAUAUUAAUUUUAUUAUUGUGAAUAUUAUGAUAAUAUAGUAAAUUUUUGUGCGAAUGGUCGACGGCCAUCGCUUGCGCGUAAUAACAAGUCGUCGUCAUUAUAACUGUUAUUAUAUAUUUAAUUAUUGUCGUUUGAUAUAUUAGCAAUAAUAAUUCUUAUAAACAUAUAUGCGUCGACGUCGUAACCGCCGGCUCUGAUUAGAUUAAGCUUGGGCGUGGAUCUAAAAUGUGGGGAGGUUACUCAUUUUUUAAAAAAAAAAUACAAUUUUAAUUUUAGUUCACGAUAGAUUAAAGAUGACAUUAUAUAGAUAAGAUUUUAUAACAAUGUUAACAAUUUUGUUUAUGUUAAUAUAAAACAUUUCCAAAGGAGGUGUGCUAAAGCCCCUUCUUUCACUUCUCUGCAGAAUCCGCGCCUGGGUAAAUUAGGUUAGGAUCCUCGCCUGUACAAUUUAUACCUAGCUACUAGCUAGGUAUAUAAUAAGUACACGUUUAUACGAGAUUGUGUGUUCAGAUAGUUUACCGACGAUAACAAUAUUAUUUACAAUAUUUAUUAUGUGUUCGACGCUAAAAACUGCAAACAGAAAUCAAUAGAGCGAUAUAAUAGGCAAGGCCUAUUACACACCUGGGGGUUAAGGAAUCGACCCUCCGCCCCUCAAAAAAUUGUUCAGAGGUACCUACCUAUACUUGUUUUUAUUAAUACACCACCAUUGAUAUUUGUAAUAACUAAUAUAAUAAAUUAUGGUAAAAACGAUUUUGUGGAGAGAUGGAGGACAUAAGCGGAAAUUUUAUGGGGUAUUAUUUACAGUAAUUGCAGUGGUCAAAAUUCUCGGAUCACGCGAAAUAUUUCCACUCACAAUUUCCCUCAAAAAUACUUCAUCCCGUCUAUUUUAAUAAUAUAAUAGACUCAUAUUCUAAGAGCACUCGGGUGAUGGAUCACGUCUCUGGGUCACGGAAUUUAGCAUUUAGCGUUCGUCACACGAUUUCCAGUACAUAAUUAAUUAUUCCAGUUCAGUAAGCCUCAGUCCACUCCGCCCUUUCAUAAAACUCAUCAAACCUCAACACAAUACCAUCUCAGUGAGUCAAUACUCUUAACCGCUGCCACCGUGAUUCUGUUUGAUGCGCUUACAUCUAAAUUGAAUCUCUAGCAGCGUUUACUACAUAAAAAGUAUAUCAAAAAGAUAAUGGCAAAAUUAUGAAGGCAGUAAAAGUUGUUAAUUGUUAUUAUUAAUAUUGGUUUGGCAGCGUCGCGUCACACCAAAAAGGACGUCCAGAGUAUUUCAUUUUUUAAAAGCAAAUAUUGUAAAUUUCACUCGUGAUUUUACGCUAUCAAAUCAACAACGUGAUAUAAUACAUAUACUCAAUAUAUAAUCUUUUCGACCUUCAAUACCUAUCCUCGAGUAAUAUUCUCUCGUCAAUGUUUGCGCUUUUCACGAUUUUUUUUUCUUCAAUCCAUAUAUAUAUAUAAACCAUCUCGAUCACGUUUCUUUGGUCCCGAUUUCCUAAAAAAAUAUUUAACAACGCGUUCAGCACCUAUACGUGAACAACACUCCUCUAUGCGUUUCCGAUAACGAAUCGACUUACAACGUUUUGCUCUAUAAUGUAAUACGUGCGUUUCGUUUGUAUUCGUAUUAGCUCUAUCAUUUUUAUUUUUUCGCGUUCUCUCUCCCUCUCUGCCAAACGGUAGUUUCGCAAACACCGACUUUAUUAUAUCGUGUACCAUCAUUUUCUUUUCGCUUUUUUUACCACACAAAUGACUUUUGGAUUUUAUUCGUAUUUUUGUCGCACGACCAACGACUAGAUAUUUUUUUGCCGCGGGAAAAAAUAUUUAUAAAAACAACGUGAGGGGUUUUCCGGGUUUUUUCCUUUUUAUUGCGGUCAUAAGCUGGUCUCGAAAUCGUGUGUGUAUUACGUGUAUAGGGCGCGAAGCCACCGGAAAAUAUAAUUCUCGCGUCCCAUAUUAUAACACACAUCCAUUGUCGGACACGCAUCAGUGCAUCACGCACACGAUAGCACACACGAUACGCACCAAGUAUCAUUUAUCGAUCAAUAUUCAGUGUAAGCACAUCAUGCUAGUGUGUUGUAUACCUACGAAUAAAAUAUUUUUAAACACUUUUAUUGCCAUGAAAUACAAUAUCAAAUUUAAUAAUAAUUUACCGAUUAUGAUUAUCAUGUUUUAAAGUUCUCGGUGCAAUAUACAAGUAUAAUAUUAAAAUAUAUAAUAAUACGUACCUUAUAUCGUUGUUAUUGAAUUUUGUUUUUAUGUACAUAUUUUACCAGGGUUACUUUUAAAUAUAUAUCUACAUAUGUUUAGUGUGGUAUAAAAAAUCUGUCUUCUACAUGUGUAUCUAAUUAUUAUAUUAAAAUAAUCUUGUAUAAAGUUUUUUCAGUAGUGUAUAUUAAACAUGAACGCAUUCGUUAAAAUGUGCGUACCUAAGUCAGAUCUGAGAUCGCAACUGCCAAAAUGUUUUUUUUUUAAUAAUAUGACUUAUUAUUACAUAAUAGUUGUAUUAUUACGAUAUAAUAUUAUGUUAUUGAAAAAUACAAAUUUAUCGAUCUUGUUUUUGUCGAUUUUUUUUUCUUUAUUAAAUUUUACUAUAAAUGUAAAUCGUAUUGUUUUAUUAUGAACUAUAAAAUAGUACAACAGUCUCACCGAAAAAUCCUAAACAAUCGAAACUACACGAAAUCGUAUACAUCACAUCAGAAAGCGCUUACAAAAAAAAACAAUGAUUUCCAAUUUGCUAUUUACUAUACCUCAAUCAAAUCCGUUUAAUCGUUAAUCGUUAUUAUGAGUAGGUAGUGUAUACUCGUACGUUAAAAAUAUACGCCAUUUUCACAUUUCUAUUAAAUCGUAUAUUACAGUUAAUUUUUUUCCAGCACAAGUGCGCGUAAUUAUGAAUAAGUGUUCCUAAUGCGUUUACUCCGCCACUAAAACACUUAUAUUAUAUAUAAAUAUAUAAGGUUAAAUUAGGGAUUCGUGUAUAAUGAGUUAUGUACGAUAUUUCUCGCGACAUCUCAAAAUGAAGUCACAUCUCGUUAAAAAAAAUAAAUAAAAAAUAACAAUGUCUCUGAUAAAAAAAACUUUAAUCGUAGUUUUUAAUUUAUUAUAAUUAUUAUUUCACUCAACCCAGCGUGAAUAUUAUAAUAAUAAUACAACGACCACGUAUUUGUAAUAAUUUUUUUUCCUGUCUAAAUUUGUUGCAAAUUCCUAGUUCCCACUCUAUUCGUGCACGAAUUAGACGAGAAUAACCGCGUACUAUGAUAAAUAUUUUAAUUUCUCUGGAUAUUACUGCAGUAAUAAGUAGCAAGUAAUAUUCAUAUCACGGAUAUUCCACGUGUAUUCUGAUGGAUAUUAAAAAAAUUAGACGCCUCUUACUGUAUUAUAUUUUGGCAAUAUUUCGAUCUCGCUAUAAAUAGUUACUAUCACUAGCACCACUAUGUCCUACAUAAUAAUAUAUUAUUAUUAUAUUAUUAUUGGUAGAUAUUUUUUACUUGGUGUAUCUUUUUAUAUAGCAUAUAUAUAAUAUAUUUAU